AUGUCGGUCGUCACUCGUCCAUUCACCUGGUUCUAUCAUGAGUUCGGGGUGGUUUCGAUAGCCACGACAGGCCGAAAUGCAUAUCUCAUCAUCCUGUCCCGUGCUUUGCGCAUGUUCGCCUAUGGAACGAACACGCUCAUACUUGCAUUAUUCUUCAACGAGCUUGGCUUCACGGAUUCCAGGAUAGGGUUGUUCAUGACCCUGACGCUAGCUGGGGAUGUUGUUCUUGGGACCUUUCUCACCCUCAUUGCGGAUCGGGUGGGGAGACGAAAGAUUCUGUUUGGAGGAAGCUUCCUGAUGGUGCUAACUGGAAUCAUCUUCGCCUCUUUUGAAAACUUCUGGAUACUGCUCUUUGCGGCUGUCAUAGGAGUCGUGAGUGCCACGGGCGCAGACUUUGGACCAUUUCGAUCGAUCGAGGAGAGUAUUCUCUCCCAGCUCACCACUCCCAAGACGAGAUCGGACGUCUUGGCUUGGUAUGUGACGAUAUCUGCCGUGGGAUCCUCGGUUGGCGCGGAAAGCUCUGGUCGGAUCAUCGAGUAUCUUCGCGGCAAAGACGGCUGGUCUUUGGGGAAUGCUUACCAUGCUCUCUUCUGGAUCUACGCGGUAAUGGGACUUGUCAAUGCGGGACUCGUCUUACUUUUGACAGAGGAAUGCGAAGCCGAUGCAAAGCAGGAAGAAUCAUAUGCCCAAGUCUCGCAAGAAGAACAUACACAAACCUCACCAGAAGAACACGAAGAUGGUGUUGAGAUGACAAACGGUAGCCAUCGCACCACCAAUCCCCAGGAUAUCCUUCCGGAAGCUCCGCUCGCUCCGUCAUCACAGUCUCGAAUCCGAACAUGGAUUACACGAUGGAUGGGACCAAUUUCGAAUUCAACCCUAGCAAUCGUGUACAAACUUUGGAUUCUGCUGGCGAUCGACUCCCUGGCUGACGGAAUGGUCCCAUAUUCCCUCACAACCUACUAUCUGGAUGGCAAAUUUCACCCUUCGAAAUCCACCCUCGGAGACAUCACUUCGGUCAGUUAUUUCCUCACUGCAAUCGGUGGUAUCUUUGCUGGACCAACAGCAAAGAAGAUUGGGCUGGUCAAUACUAUGGUGUUUACACAUCUCCCUUCCUCAGCAGCAGUCUUGAUCUUUCCAUUUCCCAAUAUAUUCUGGAUGGCAGCACUUCUUCUCUUCAUUCGCGCUGGAUUGAACAAUAUGGAUCAAGCUCCUCGAGCAGCUCUCAUUGCUGCUGUGGUGAAGCCACAGGAAAGAACAGCUGUAAUGGGCAUCACGAGUAUGCUUCGAACGCUGGCUGCUACUACAGGUCCGAUGGUCACCGGUUUCCUCGCGGCAGGAGAUCGUUUCUGGAUUGCAUUUGUUGCUGGAGGUGCGUUCCGGAUCACGUAUGAUGUGGGACUUUUCAUUGCCUUCAAGAAUAUCAAACUUCAUCGGUAUGAAACGACGCAAGAGGUUGGACCUGUAGAGGGAGAUUUUUCUUUGCAGGGAGAUAGUGAUGAUGACGAUUAUCAUGGCGAGGAUGAUCACGAGGCGCUGAAGUAA